GAGUUUUCCAGGUUAUGUUGUUUAUUGGAUCGUCGACCAGCUGAGAAGCAUUGCUCAUUCACAUUGCUUUUCAUAUUCGGUCUCGCAAAACCUGGCGCGACCAACCCCGGUUGUCAAAAUACACUGGCUUCUGUUAUUAUAGGUAAUUGUAAGCUCCCAAGCUGCUCCCAAGGCAGAAUUAAAUUCUAGAAUGGAAGCUGAAUUAAGAAGUUUACGGUCUCUCUUAACUGUUGCAAGGAAUGAAAUAAACAACUUAAGACAACAAAUACGCUCACUGAACCAUGUUCAUGAAAAAGAAGUUGAUGAAGUGAAGAGAAUACUUCAAAGCUGGCGAUGCCCAGGCUGCAAACAGAAAAAUAUUCAAGACCAUGAGUAUGGAAACACCAGUGGUUCCAGUAACAGCAAUCAAUCACAAAAUCUGGUUGGACCAGAGACAUUAGAGCUCUCUCCUAUUGGCAUUAUUAAUUCAUGGUUUCCUGAAAAACGAGGCACUCCACGUCAACCUGGUGUCAGUGGAAGCGCACGGGGGAAACUUACUAUCUUCAACACAGUCUUCACAAAUCCUGAACACGCCCUGGAGGGCUUAGAGGAAUACUCACACAUGUGGUAAAA